GAGCAGGGUCGCGAUUCCCAACGCUCCGGCCAUCGCUCCCGUGUCCUGCGGCUCCAAGGGGCGAUGCGGGGGUGCCCGAGCAGCCCUUGACGGCCCUCGACCAAUCAGAAGCCUCCCCGCUGAUGACGCCGCUGUCUCCAGGCAGAGCAGCCCCGCGGGUCCCGGCGCUGGGACCCCAGGGAGCGCCGUUGCCUUACUGGGAGGGGAGUCCGCUGUGUGCGCGAUGGGGACUGGGGGUGCGCUGGGAGCUGCUGGGACCCUGCUGGUGGCACUGGUGGCACUGGGAGCCCCCCCGGCUCAUGGCGAGGAGCUGUCGAGGAUGUUCCAAGAGGCCUAUAAGUACGAGUGUCAGUUCCUCAACGGCACCCAGCGCGUCCGGUUUGUGGCGAGGUACAUCCACAACCGGGUGCAGUACGCGCACUUCGACAGCGACGUGGGGCACUAUGUGGGUGAUACCCCCAUGGGCGAGAUCCAAGCCAAGCACCGCAAUGACAACGUGGAAUUGCUGGAGCAGCGACGGACUGCAGUGGAUUGGUUCUGCCGGCACAACUAUGAGGGGCUUACCCCUUUCAUCACAGAGCGGAGAGUGCCUCCCAGGGUCGAGAUCUUCCCGGUGCAGUCGAGCUCGGCGCCGCAGACCAACCGCUUGGCGUGUGCCGUGAGCGACUUCUACCCCGCGCCCAUCGAGGUGCGGUGGUUCAAGGACGGGCGCGAGGAGCUGGAGCGCGUGGUGUCCACCGACGUCAUCCAGAACGGCGACUGGACCUACCAGGUGCUGGUGAUGCUGGAGACCAGCCCGCGGCGCGGAGAGACCUACGCCUGUCAGGUGGAACACGUCAGCCUCCAGCAGCCCAGCGUCGUGCAUUGGGAGCUGACGGAUGGCAGCAAUAGCAAGAUGGUGACGGGGAUCGGGGGCUUCGUCUUGGGGCUCAUCUUCCUCGUGGUGGGGCUCAUCUUCUACAUGCGCAAGAAGGGCACCCACUUCCCCCCGCUGCAGGCCACCUCCUGAGCAACCUCCUGCCCCACUGCACAGGCACCAACCAUGCUCUGCCCCACAAGUGUUACCCCACAGCGACCCCUGGUGUCCCCAACAUCCCUCCCCAGCCCCACAACUGUGACCCACAGCAGCUCCAGCUCUAAUAAAAUGACUCACGUUGCUCCA